AUGGAUGUGAAUUAUAUUACAGAAACUCAUAUUCUUUAUUAUCUAACUCGUGGUAUACAAACAUCAUGUAGAUUAACUGAACCACCAAUUAGUAUCAAUGAUUUAACACAAGACGAUUUUAACGAACGAAGAAUCUUUCAAAUUAAUAACAAGAUCGAAUCUAAAAAGAAUGAAUUUGAAUUCACAACUUAUUCACCAGAUGUAUUUCAAGGAUUAAGAAGUUUUUACAAAAUAGAUAAUUUUUAUGAUGAAAUUAUUAAAAAUAAUGAAAUACCAUUUGAAGAAUUUAAAAGUCCUGGAAAAUCAGGUAGUUUAUUCUUUCUUAAGAAUGAAUAUUUAUUCAAACAAGUAGAAAAAGAAGAAUUAGAUAUAUUGAUUAAACAUUUGAAUGAUUACUUGGAUUAUUUGAAAUUUUGUAAAUUGACAUUACUUCCUAGGUAUUAUGGUGCAUAUAGUAUUAAACUUGAAAAUAAGAAUGUUCAUUUUAUUGUAACAAACUAUUUAUUCCAUCAGUGUCAGAUUGAUUCAAUUUAUGAUUUAAAGGGAUCAACAACAGGUCGUGAAACCAACCAUCAAGAUAUAAAUGAUGAGGUGAUAUUCAAAGAUAUCGAUUUUAUAGAUCAUGAGAAAUUAAUUACUAUUCCUAGCAAUCAUAAAAGAAAGGAAUUCAUGUAUCAGCUCAAGAGAGAUGUUAUAUUCUUGUCGCAGUUUGGAUUAAUGGAUUAUUCACUUUUGGUAGGAUUUGGUCAGACUUCAUAUAAACCACAUAAAUUGAAAUGUGUCAGUUAUGACAAUGACAAUGGCGAAACCGUUUAUCUUGGUUUAAUUGAUUGUUUAACAAAAUAUACCUUGAAAAAGAAUUUUCAAACUUUUAUUAACUCCAUGUCAAUUCCCAAAAAGGAAGCUCUGGCUAUACCACCAAAAGAAUAUCGUACACGAUUUAUUAAAUUCAUAAAUACAAUAACAAAAUAA